AUGUUCAACAACUCAAUUGAAAUUUUCAUAUCGCACCAUACAAAUCUCACCCAAAAAACUUCAAUUUCGUGCAAUAAGGACUUUCCCGUGGUGUUGGAAGUGAUUUUAGUGGGAAUUUACGUGAUUGGCAUCAUCGGGAAUUUAAUUGCUUUUUUGCAUCUUUGCCGAAAAAGGAAUUUUCAAAAUAGCAGGCAUCCGUUAAUGUUGAAAUGUCUCAUUUCGAACAAUCUCGUUGGAUUAAUUGGCAUGUUGUUGUUGCAUCUCACCCGUUAUUUGCCGCAAACGCUCACGUGCAUCGAUGAUAUAAAAAGAUGGGUUUGUAUUGGACGAGUUUUCUUCCGAUUUUUUGGAUUAAGUUCCGGAUGUGUCGCUUUGGUAAUGGCGCUCGAACGAUUUUUGGCCUUGACGAAGCCAUUUACCUACCAACAGUGCAUUACAAAGAGAUUGAUUGGCAAGACAAUUUUGUGUUUAUGGACCUUUGUGUUUUGCUGGACAUGUUUGCCGUUCGUUGGAUUCGGAUUGUAUAUUAAUGAGGCAGAGAAUAAAUGUGUCAACUAUAAAGAAGCCAGCGAGACAAAUGAUAUCAUUUAUGCAUAUUUGAUGUUUGCAUUAGGCAUGAUUUUGUGUUCCGGCAUCGUAAUUUGCAACCUUUCCGUCACCAAAGUCCUUUGCAAAGCCCAUUUCUCGCGUCGUGGCAGCACAAGUUCCUUAUACUACCAACAAGUGAAACUCAAGCACAUGCGACGAACACUUUUCCAGAUCGCCUCAAAUCGCCCAAGUUUCAACGGGACCGUACCAACUUCGGAGGAAAUUCGUUUUGCCAAGCUAAUGUUGAUCCUGAGCAUCUCUUUUGUGAUUUGCUGGUGCCCUCAAAUGAUCACAAUCAUCUUGUAUCAAAUUCUUCCGUCGUCGUCGGAUGGCAACAGAUUUAUCCUCACAAAAGCAGCCCGUCUCUCGGAUUUCUUGUUACUUUUGCAUUUUGUGUCAGAUCCGUACAUCUAUGUGCUACUCAGGAACAACCGACAUCGUCAUACGUUCAAUGUGAUCCUCAAAAAGAUCCUCAACAAGAAGCCAAGUAACAGUUCCGAGUCACGCAACUCGCCCGAAAAUGAAGUUGUCGAUUGUAAUCUGCUGGAAGACAAUGAAAAUAACAACAUUGGGCGGCAGCAUCGGUCGAGCGUCGUUUGUUUUUCUUCGGAUAUUCGCCCGGCUGGUCAAACACGUGGCAUGAUGGCGUUCAAUUAG